UCCCUUGGCUCCACAGUGCAGUCUCACACCAAGGGCAUCUGGAUGUGGUGUGUUCCUCAUCCCAAGAAGCCAAAUCACACCCUUGUUCUCCUGGACACUGAGGGGCUUGGCGAUGUGAAGAAGGGUGACAAGAACAAUGACAUUUGUAUCUUUGCCUUGGCCAUGCUGCUGAGCAGCACCUUUGUCUAUAACAGCAUGGGCACCAUCAACCAGCAGGCUAUGGAUGAACUGUACUUUGUGACAGAGUUGACAGAUAAAAUCAAGGAAAAAUCCUCCUCCAGCACUGAGCAGAUAAGCCUCUUUCCAGACUUUGUGUGGACUGUGCGUGAUUUCAUCUUGGACUUGGAAAUCAAUGGAGAGUCCAUCACCUCUGAUCAGUACCUGGAGGAUGCCCUGGAACUGAAUAAAGGUACCAGUGAAGAAGCCAAAAUAUGUAUCCAGAAGUUCUUUCUAAAGAGGAAAUGCUUUAUCUUUGCCCCACCUGCUUAUGGGCAAAAGCUCAAGGAGCUUGAGAAACUUCAUGACAAUGAACUUUAUGUUGGCUUUGUGGAAAGUACUAAAAACUUCUGCGAAUACAUCUUCAACCAUUCUGAAGCCAAGACUCUCCCAGGAGGUGGCAUGGUCAAUGGGCCCCGUCUUGGAAACUUGGUCUUGACCUAUGUUGAAACCAUCACCAAUGGAGAUGUGCCCUGCAUGGAAAAUGCAGUGCUGGCACUAGCUCAGAUAGAAAACUCAGCCGCAGUUCAAAGGGCUCUUACACUGUAUGAAGAGAUGAUGGAACAGAAAGUGAAAUUUCCCACAGAAACUCUCCAAGAGCUGUUGGAUGUGCACAUUACAUGUAGGAGGGAAGCCAUUGAAGUCUUCACCAAGAACUCUUUCAAAGAUGUGAACCAGAAAUUCCAAACAACAUUGGAG